AUGCAGGGGGCGGCUCCAAGGCGAUCGCCGCAAUUUUUCAACGUUUCGCCUCCGUGCUCGGGAAGCCGACAGAGCCGCAGUGCAGCCUUCUGCCCCCGCCCCUCCUCCCCCCUCCCGCGCCGCACCUGCUCGCGCGCCGACCACCUACUGAAACCUGAAACUUUGAUCCCCCAAUCCGCCACCGCGCACCGGCGCGACGCUAUAUUUCAAUUAACUCUACCAUCCAUCCAAUUCACGAUGCAAACUUUGCACCGCUUAGCCCGCGAGGCCGCCCCAGUACCGUCGGACUUGCACUUGACGUCACACAGCGUUCACCCGGACACCGCUCGUAAAGCGCUCUAU